AUUCGGUUGACUCUCGGGCAGCAGCUUCGUUCUACUUUCUACUUUUGUACGGCAUUUUAGAUUCUGUUGUCCGAUCUAUCAUCAAUCAUUUCCUCACAACGCCAAAAAAGCCAAGCCCAAAUGAAAGGCGUGGCUCAGCAAUUAGGGAAGUUUCCCAUGGCCCUCAAGCUUCGGGUCAACCAUCUGGUGGCUACAUAACUCCACAGAAUCAGCCUGCUUCAGUAUCACAAACUAUUGUUGAUGAGAAACAUCAGAGCUGUGAAGAGGAUGAGAAGUUGAGGCACUCAACAAACAGGAUAGGUUCUGUUGCAAUGGGCGAGUAUGAUGGCGCUGAAUAUGUUAACAUUGGUGAAGUGCCAAAUCCCAGGAUAGAUAACUUUAAGAAAGUAUCAGUUUUGCCCCUUAUUUUCCUGAUCUUUUAUGAGGUUUCUGGAGGUCCAUUCGGCAUUGAGGACAGUGUCCAAGCUGCUGGACCAUUUCUAGCUCUUCUUGGGUUUUUGGUGUUUCCAUUCAUCUGGAGUGUCCCUGAGGCAUUAAUUACUGCUGAGAUGGGUACCAUGUUCCCUGAAAAUGGUGGUUAUGUUGUUUGGGUUGCAUCUGCAUUAGGUCCCUAUUGGGGGUUUCAGCAAGGCUGGAUGAAAUGGCUGAGUGGGGUCAUUGAUAAUGCUUUAUAUCCUGUUUUAUUUCUUGACUAUUUAAAGUCAGCAAUCCCUGCUUUAGGAGGUGGUUUACCACGAAUCAUAGCCGCGCUAGCUCUGACUUUAGUGCUCACUUAUAUGAACUAUAGGGGUUUAACAAUUGUAGGAUGGGUUGCUGUUCUUCUUGGGGUUUUCUCGAUCCUUCCUUUUGUGGUCAUGGGGCUUGUGGCAAUUCCAAAAUUGAAGCCUUCAAGAUGGUUUGUGGUAAAUAUACAUGACGUAGAUUGGAAUUUGUAUUUGAACACACUCUUUUGGAAUCUAAACUAUUGGGACUCAAUUAGUACACUUGCUGGAGAGGUAGAGAACCCAAAGAAAACUCUCCCAAAAGCCUUGUUUUACGCUUUGAUCUUGGUGGUUCUUGGGUAUUUCUUUCCGCUUUUGGUUGGUACAGGGGCUCUUCCCCUUGAUCGUGAUUUGUGGACUGAUGGUUAUUUCUCAGACAUUGCUAAAAUACUAGGUGGAGUUUGGUUGAGAUGGUGGAUCCAAGCAGCUGCAGCAAUGUCAAAUAUGGGGAUGUUUGUGGCUGAGAUGAGUAGUGACUCUUUCCAACUUUUGGGGAUGGCUGAACGUGGGAUGCUACCCGAGUUCUUUGGCAAGAGGUCUCGCUAUGGAACUCCUCUAAUUGGGAUUUUAUUUUCAGCUUCAGGUGUCAUCUUGUUAUCAUGGUUGAGCUUUCAAGAGAUUGUAGCUGCAGAGAACUUCUUGUACUGUUUUGGGAUGAUUUUGGAGUUCAUAGCAUUUGUAAGAUUAAGGAUGAAAUAUCCAGCUGCACAGCGACCUUACAAAAUACCUCUUGGAACAGUUGGGUCUGUUCUUAUGUGCGUUCCUCCAACCAUAUUGAUUUGUGUUGUCUUGGCUCUUUCUUCACUCAAAGUUGCAGUGGUUAGCCUUGUUGCUGUUGUGAUUGGCCUUGUAAUGCAGCCCGGUCUCAAGUACGUUGAGAAAAGAAGAUGGCUCAAGUUCUCUAUUAGUGCAAACCUUGCUGACCUGCAUGUUUCUGGUCAUGAUGUCGCUGAUUCCUCAAUAAGAUGACAGAUCUUCAUUAAAGCUCCAAGGGAAAGUUCGUCAAUUUCAGAGGCCUUGUCCUUGUACUUAGGAAGGUAUUUAUUUAAUGGAAACAUUCCUGAAUGCUGUGGUAUUCUGUUUGAAUUAGCCCAAGGCUCGGUCACUAAUGGGCAACAAUUAUUUAUCAUCUUUGUUUUUAGAGUGAUGAUGCAUGGAAACAAUGAUUGAACAAAUAG